AUGACUGGAGCGCCGCCUACAUGUCAAAUCGAAAUACGUCACCAAGCUCUCGUUCUCAAACAACGCCUAGCGUGGACAAGUUCUGCACGCCUUCUUCAACAUCAGCAGCACAACCUCCUCAUCGAACGAAUCCGCGAGGUCUGUGACAAUCAAGUUCUAACGGGCUAUCAAAAGCACCAAGUCAUUAUUCAAAUGCAGGAGAUACGGAGGGAGCUGAAGCGUAGAAAUGUCUCCGAUGACGAUAUCUUCGCGUGCGAUGUGAGUUUUUCGGGGGAUUCAGCGCCCCCUCUUGCACUAACAGCAGGAAGUUCAGCAGAGGGCGUCGAAACCUCGACCUCGCAGGAUCGGGUGACAUGGUUUGCGAAGAUAUCCCGCGAGGGGGCUGAAGCAGCACUCGCUGACAAACCCACCGGCACUUUCCUCAUCAGACCCUCCGCUAUUUUAAAUCAAUUCGCUCUCUCCAUUAAGGCCGGGGAAAGUGUUCACCAUUGUCUAGUAAUCAGUAAUGAGGUGGACGGUUCUCCGCGUUUCGGGUUCAGCAAAAAAUCUCUCGUUUUUGACUCCUUGGAGGACCUGGUUGACCACUAUCGUAUGAACAGUCUUGUUCAACUUAACGCCCUGCUUGACACACCCCUCGUUUAUCCGGCCUUUCUCCCAACCGCAACUCAACAAAAUCAACCCACCAAAUCAACAAAAUGA